UUAGAGAACACAAGAGCAGCACUUUCUUAGUUCUUAAGCUAUUGCUUCUUUACCCAUCAGAGUCUCUCUCUGUGUGUUUUGCGAUAGGGACGCCAUUAACUUCCAACUAUAUCUCUCCUGCUGACACCUCCACCAGCAGAAACUGCUAAUGCAAUGACUUCUCCGUCGUCAAUCCAUGAUCAGCAGCGAUUUACUUGGAAAAUUGAAAAAAUUUCGAGCUUGUGUACUAACAAGCUCUACUCUAGAACAUUCUAUAUUGGAUCAUACAAAUGGCGGGUGCUUCUAUUCCCAAAGGGGAACAACACGAAUCAUUUGUCCAUGUAUCUAGAUGUUCCGGAUUCGACAGUGUUACCAUCUGGGUGGACUAGACACGCCCAGUUCAGCUUAGCCCUCCUCGAUCAAAUUCAUAACCAGAAUACUGUAAAGAAAGAAACACAACACGAGUUCAAUAGCCAAGAAAGUGAUUGGGGUUUUACUUCUUUCAUGCCACUUAGUGAACUCCAUGAUCCCAGUAAAGGUUUUUUGGUGAAUGAUACUAUUGUAGUUGAAGCUGAUUUUACCGGCCAGUCACAUGACUUAAAAACGGAGAAAAUAAUAUGUAAUGCGGACGAGAAGGACAUAGCAGAACACCUUAGGAUAAGGUUGAAGAAAGAACAAGAAGAAAAGGAACAAAAGAGAAAGGAAAAAGCAAAAGCACAUCUUUAUACUAUCAUAAAGGUUGCUCGUGAUGAGGACCUUCUUGAACAGAUUGGAAGGGAUAUAUAUUUUGAUCUUGUGGAUCAUGACAAAGUUCGAAGUUUUCGUAUUCAGAAACAAAUGCCUUUCAACCUUUUCAAGGAGGAAGUUGCCAAAGAGUUUGGUAUACCAGUGCAAUUUCAACGUUUUUGGCUGUGGGCAAAGCGCCAAAAUCACACAUACCGUCCACAUCAGCCGUUGACACCACAAGAGGAAACUCAAUCUGUUGGACAAUUGAGAGAGGUAUCCAAUAAGGCAAGUAAUGCAGAGCUAAAAUUGUUUUUGGAGGUGGAACUUGGACAGGAUUUGAAGCCGAUUCCUCCAACUUUGAAGAGUAAAGUGGAGAUGCUUCUUUUUUUCAAACAAUAUGAUCCUUUGAAAGAGGAGCUCCGCUAUGUUGGGAGGCUGUUUGUUAAGGCCAAUGGAAAGCCAGCGGAAAUAUUGACAAAGCUAAAUGAGUUGGCUGGAUUUUCUCCUGAUGAAGAAAUUGAACUCUUUGAGGAAAUAAAAUUUGAACCUAUUGUCAUGUGUGAACACAUCGACAAGAACCUCACUUUUCGUGGUAGUCAGCUUGAAGAUGGUGACAUCAUUUGCUUUCAGAAAUCCUCUCGAGUUGAAAGUGGUGAACAAUGCCGUUGUCCUGACGUUCCUGCAUUUUUGGAAUAUGUGCAUAACCGUCAGGUUGUUUGCUUCCGUUCUUUGGAGAAACCUAAGGAGGAUGAGUUUUGUCUUGAGUUGUCAAAGCUUCACAAUUAUGAUGAUGUUGUUGAAAGAGUAGCUCGCCAUCUCGGCUUGGACGAUCCAUCUAAAAUAAGGCUUACAUCUCAUAAUACACCCCGGCCAAUUAAGUAUCGAGGAGUGGAACAUCUAUCAGACAUGCUGGUCCACUACAAUCCGGUUGUUCGACAUACUUCUGAUAUUCUUUACUAUGAGGUAUUGGACAUUCCUCUACCAAAACUGCGAGGCCUGAAAACUCUAAAAGUUGCUUUCCAUCAUGCUACAAAGGAUGAAGUAGAAAUUCAUUCUAUAAGAUUGCCCAAACAAAGCACUGUUGGAGAUGUUAUUAAUGACCUUAAGACAAAGGUUGAGUUGUCUCAUCCAAAUUCAGAACUUAGGUUGCUUGAAGUAUUCUAUCACAGUAUCUGCAAGAUUUUUCCUCUUAAUGAGAAGAUAGAGAAUAUUAAUGAUCAAUAUAGGAUAUUACGUGCAGAGGAGAUUCCGGAGGAGGAGAAAAACCUUGGUCCUCAUGACCGUCUCAUUCAUGUUUAUCAUUUUAUGAAAGAUACCGCUCAGAACCAAGUGCUGGUCCAGAAUUUUGGGGAACCUUUUUGCCUUGUCAUCCAUGAGGGUGAGACGUUGACUGAAGUCAAAGAACGCAUACAGAAGAAAUUGCAGGUUCCGGAUGAGGAGUUUUCAAAGUGGAAGUUUGCAUUUUUAUCUUUGGGUCGCCCCAAGUACCUUCAGGACUCGGACGUCGUUUCUAGUCGUUUUCAGAGAAGGGAUGUUUGUAGUGCUUGGCAACAGCACCUCGGGUUGGAACACUCUGACAAUACUCCUAAAAGGUCAUAUGUGGCCAAUCAGGAGAGUGGUUGUCGAGAGGAGUCUCAGCAUCCAUCCCAGGACAAUUACUCAGGAAAUGUAGAAGUUGGCACUACCGCCAUUUCUGGAGAAGAAGUUAGCUCUGUUGAGUCAGUUUGGCAAGAUCUUGUUUUGACAGAGGCUCCUUCUGUCGAUAAGGAAGCAGAGCGAGUCCAUUCUGAAUCCACUCUUUACACAAGCUUCUCCGGGACCUCUCCUUCUCAGCAGGCCGCCGAACCUAUUUUGGGCACUCAGGGCUCAAGCGAAGCAACCCCAGUUGGUGCCGCUUCUACCAUUACUCAAGCUGGUGGACAUGCUUCAAGUGGCCAAGCCUCAGACAAUGCUAGAGGAUGCAAUAUUGGCAAAGUCAGAUUUUUGUCGUGCGAGGUUUCUUCGGAGGCAUCACUGUUACUCGAAAGAAUCCGUGACCUUCACAAUGACACUUUCACCAAAUUCUCGAUGAAAGGUCACAUUUUGCAAACAAUGCUACUUGAAUCGUUUGCUUCGUUCAUUGAGUCGACGUCAAACACUAAGGUCCAUGACGAGGAAGCACUACGCUUGGCUGCAAUUUCAAUCGAGGACUUUGAGCAAGUUGGGUUGGACUUAUCAUGGCUGAAGCAGAGGCUGGACGAAGCAAAGAGGGUGAACAAACACACGGAGUCACUUACUGUUGUUGAUUUGUGUGAAAGCGCUCUAAAAGUGGCUCGAGCUAAUGUUUGUGAACUUGAAGAAUCGCUUGUCAAGGCUAAGGCAGAAGUGGAGGUUGCGUCCAGGGACUUGCCCAAGUCACUUGGAGUUGAUGAUUCUGUACUCAAGGAUGUUGUAUAGAACAUUAACAUAAAUAUUUUCAUUCUACUAAGAAGUCCUCUAUAUUAUUUUGCAUAGUACUGUGUUCUAUGGUCCUAGAUUGUAAAUAUUUUUAGUUGUGUAUUGCACAUGACUUUUGGGUCUGGUUGUAUUUAAAAUUUUAAGCUUUAUUUUUUGCCUUAAAAA